CAUGAUAAACUGUUUCAGUGUCUCUGCAAAAUAGAAGGAAAUCUGAGAAUGGUGGCGACGAACGUGAAGGCAGAAACCAUGUCUUUGAUGGACAAGCGGAAUGCGGUGGAGGCUGAGAUGAACGCCAUCAUCGCUCGCCUCUCUCAGCCUGGCGCUCCUGGUCUUUCCGGAAAUCUCGUUGAUUCUGAGGGCUUUCCUCGUACGGAUAUUGAUAUUCCAGCUGUUCGAGCUGAACGACGUCGUCUUGCAGAGCUGCGUAAUGACCACAAGGAGAUAACUGAGAAAAUAAAUCAAAAUAUACAAAUUUUACACUCAGCAAGACUUGGAAAUAGAUCAUCACCCUUCCAGAGUUCAGGUAAUGAUGAUGGUUCAGAUACUCAAUCUUCUUCAGCUGUAGAUGCUGUUGCAUCAACACCAUCACAAAAUGUCCUUCUCAGACAUUCCCCCAACUCCAUGGAUGUGGAUGUGCUAGUCAGUAGACCCUUUGCAAUGGUUGACGAGAUAGCAGAUGCAUCACCAGCAGUAGAGGAUGGUUUACAACUUGGAGAUCAAAUUUUGAAAUUUGGCAAUGUGGAAGCAGGUGAUAAUUUGCUCCAAAGGCUUUCUUCUGAGGCUCAGUCAAACCUGGGCCGUACAGUUGCUGUUGUUAUCAUGAGGCAAGGCUCAGUGAUCAACUUAACUAUCACACCUAGAGCUUGGCAAGGCAGAGGUCUUCUGGGAUGUCAUUUUCGGAUCUUGUAGGUGCUAUGAUUUAUUCAUCUCAUGAUGGUGGGUGACGGUUGUUUGUUUCUUUUCUUGCAUUUCCGAGACGGAGUUCUUUACCUUUUAUUGUUUGUUUUGGCAAGACUCUAAAUAUGUAGUAAAUAUUAACGGCGAACCUUUGAUUGUGGUGCUCUUUCUUAGUGACUCAAUAAUGCGCUAUGCUUUUUCUGAUCGUCUUUCUUUUUAAUGAAAAAGUAAUCUUAGCUGUCAC